GACAAAGGCAACAUCAGCAGGUGAUUUUAUAUCAAUGACUAAAAUGAACCAGGGAAGAAUGUUACCUGCAGGUAAUGAUGGAGGCUCCAGUGUGAUCACUUCAGUACCUGAUGACAACUGUCUUACUAGAGAGAAACUAAACUUGGAACAGACAAAAAAUGAAGAUUCUGACAUUUACCAUGUGUACGCCACCAUCUCUGAAGCAACAGAUCCACCAGAUUCACAGGACACGAUAUACAGCACGCUGAAUGCACACUGAAACACAGUGAAACAUGUUUGGUGACGUUGUUAGUAAAAUGUCUAAAAUGAUCUAAAUCAUGUCAAAGUGAGAAAAGUGUGACAGGUAAUAGAUGCAAUCUUGCAAAAAAUCUUGAGCUUGAAUUGUUGUAGAUUUUUUUUCUAUUUAAAGAUAACUGACAUGAUGAUGAUUUCAGCUUUAGUAUUUUUAAUAAGCGGAAUCUAGAGGAAUCUCUAUCUUUACUGAGGGCUAUGAAAUACAUCUCCCCUUAAUCUUAUCUGUACCCUGUCUGUUAUUGCACAACUUAAUAAAGCUGUUUAGUACUUCGAAUGUAUCCAAAUAAUACAACUCCAGUAUAUAAAUUUGUGACAAUAACAUUAACAGUUAGUCUUUUGUUACGUGCUGUGACUGCACACAGGCUUGUAAAAAUAGGCAACAUACAAUUGACCCUCAGCCAACCGACCAGCUGCAGUUUUUAGGUCAGCACACAAGACCAUUUUAGGCCAAAGAUUAUGAUGAUGAAAAAAUACAGGAAGAAUGAUGUACUGUAGCUGAUUACUGUACUACACAGCUGCUACAGUUUGCCUAGUAGUAGUAACAUAAUCAUGUGACAUAAAACAUUUAGUGAUGAUGAUACUUUGUAUCCACACAGGCAACAGAAGUAAAACAACAGGGGGAAGAUCUGAAAUUUACAUUCAGUAAAUAGAGAUGUAUGUUUUUGGCUCUAGGUUUCAUUUGUGUGAUAUAUCACUGUGAGAUGUAUUAAAAAUAUGUAGUUUUUCA